UGCUCCACAAAUAGAUAUCCGACAAAUUAUCUAGCAGAAUAAACCAUGGGGCCAGCCUGCGCACGGCUCGUCCUCUUCGCGGCCGUGGCAUUGCUGUUCACCGGCCUCCUCCCGCGGGCGUUGGGGAAGGCAGGUGGUGGUGGUGCCGUCAACCCGCAGGUCGCCGGCAUCUGCUCUAAAACCCCGUUCCCGGAAGUGUGCAAGUCCACAGCCGGGCGGCAUGCGACCAAAUAUCCGGUCAUCGACAACCUGGCCGUGCUCAACAUGCAGGUAGACGCGUUCUCCAAGCGCACCGCGCAGGCCCGAAAGCACGUCGCCAAGUCGGCCCGCACUAUCCCACCGGCGCAGGCGCAGGCCCUUACAUUUUGCGACACCAUGUACAUGAACACCCAGGACACCAUCGGGGCAGCACAGCGGGCAAUCACGUUCAAGGACACGGGCACCGCGAAGAUCAUGCUGCAGCUCGCCGUCCAGGAUUUCGACUCGUGCGACCGGCCGUUCACUCAGGCCGGCGUCCCCAACCCCAUGGGGAAGUUCGAUAAGGAGCUAAACCAGAUGGCCAACAACUGUAUGACGCUUGCAAACAUGAUCUGAGCCAUGCGGAGGCAGUUAGGCAUGCUGGUGCCCCCAGCGUGAGAUUGCAUGCACCCGCAUGCAAAGACAAGCAAGGGCGUGAAGGACUUCAGAUUUUCGGUUUAUUUUAUUAUAAUCAAUUUGAUUAAUUCAUUGAGCGAUCUAUUAACUAACUCUAUGUAUUUGUCCGUUACCAUGUUCCGACCCGCAAUCUUCAGUAGGUCAUGAAAUGAGGAAGAGAGGGCCCCUUUCCAUUUGUUUGG